AUGAAGUUACCCCAUUUAGUAAUACUUGGGCUCUUGCUUGUGGCUUCUAAUUGUCAGGACUGCUAUACGUUUACUUGUGAUACUCUUGAUGAUUUAGUAUGUGCCAUUGUGUAUGGUAGCCAGAAUACGGUAACUCUUAAUGAUAAAGGAUGCUCCUAUUUGACAUGCAACCAUACAUAUGUAGAAGAUGCAGUCGUAAAAAGCCAAGCCACAGGAGAUACAAUUAAUUUGCCAUGCUUUGUGGGAGAAGAGACAGAAAAUAAUAAGAUUCAAUUGGAUUAUUAUGUGAAGUGUGAAACAAGAACGGCGAAUAGAGAUUUAGUCAAUGGAACUUUUCCGAAAACAUGCAAUACCACAGACGACUGCAAGCUUAAAGAUGGGGAUUAUGCAGACUGCUUGUGUGGAAUGGAUGGAAAUAAGUAUUGCUAUGCUGAUAAAAGCUCUGAGCUGUAUGAGGAUUUUUGGACUGUGUGCUCAAAUCAUGAUGGGCAGAUGUAUUAUAGGGAUAUGCUGCUGUGAAAUUAUACGGUGGACAACUACAUUACUUUAUACUCAGCGCCUUUCUGUGCUGAAAAUUUGUUUCCAGAGUACAUUCUGAAUCUUAAUUUUAUUGUGGACUCUUCAAUGAUCAAAACGCUAGGGUUUUUAAGCUUAUUAGUUCAUUUGUUAUAA